GGUAAACGUACCUGUGAGGCAGAAGAGAGGGGAGGGCCGUGGGAUUAUUCCGUAGCCUUCAGGUCCAUUCGGGCGCAUUUAACAGUAAACUCUUUUAUGUAUUUAGAACCCAAAGAAGUUUUAUUUGAAUAAUAGUUUGAAUGGCAGCGAGUGUAGGACUGGCCAUGAAUCCGCCGCACACGACAGAAGAGAGGGCGGUUUUCACGCAGCUGAAGCCGGUGAGGAUGUCGGGAGGGGACGGCGCCGAGGACGCGUCCGUGUUUGAGGACGUCAAACCCGCGACUCAACAAGAGUUGGACAAAUACCUUCCCCAGGUCAACAGUCCUCUGCUGAGUCUCUCAGCUGACACUGGUGACAAGAAAUACAGGCGAGAAAGCGCCUCCGUGGUCGACGAGUACUUCUCAGAAGACAAACCUUCGACCCCUUACAGCCUCAACAUCAACGUCAUCCUUCCCAGCACCACUCACCUCCGCACAGGCCUCUACCGACCCAACACCAAGACCCUCACGCCGCAGCAGAUCAAGACGGAACCUGGGCUGGAGGUGCCCUGCUCCAUCCCCAACAGCACCACCGGCACCCAGGCCCUGCCGGACUUCACCUCGGUCUUCAGCGUGCCGCCUGUAGUCAACAAUGUUUUUGUCAAACCAGACAUGAGCUCUGGAGGAGUGGUGAGUGUGGUCGCUGGGUCCCAGCAGCAGCAGCAGCAGCCUAAUCUGGACACAGAGCUUCACAUCGGGCCCCCAGCCCCCCAACAGCAGGUCUACCACAUGCCCAUCACCAGCUGUGCUGACCUCACCAUGACUCUGUCCCACACCAACCCACCUGCACACGGCUCCGCCGGCGGCAGGACCAUGCUGCACCUCGGCAGCGUUUCAUUGCCAACAACCAAUGGCAACUACAUGAUGGCAGAGCACCACCUGCCGCAGCACCACGGUUACUACCAGGCCUCUCCGACCAACUCAUCCCAGCACACAGGAGCCCACAGCCUGCCACCCUCACCCCCAAACUCUCAGCCAGGGAGCCCAGACGGACAGGCGGAGCUGCUCAGCUUAGCACCACAGCCCCCGCCUCCGUAUCAGCAGCGUCUGGCAGGAAUAAAGGGGUUGUCCCCACAUGCCCUGCUGAUGACACAUGGCCAAGGUGUCCUGACAGGUCCCAAAUACAACAGACGGAACAACCCAGAGCUGGAGAAGAGGAGGAUCCACUUCUGUGACUACCCAGGCUGCACCAAAGUUUACACGAAGAGCUCUCAUCUAAAGGCGCACCAAAGGACGCACACAGGCGAGAAGCCGUACCGUUGUACGUGGGAGAACUGCGACUGGCGUUUCGCCCGAUCGGAUGAGCUCACCAGACACUACCGGAAACACACCGGAGCCAAGCCGUUCAAGUGCGUCGCCUGCAGCCGCUGCUUCUCCCGCUCGGACCACCUGGCCCUGCACAUGAAGCGCCACCAGAAUUAGCACACACAUACCACACGAACACAUACGCCUAACCACACACAAACAGAGCAGUAUCCACACACACAUACACACACGACAGCCACCUGAACCAGAAACAGAACCGAUACAGGACCAGCAUCAUCCCCGUGCACCCUGUGUGUGUUCUGGUUCUCCCAGCUAGCAUCAAGUUGAGUGAUAGCAGAUCUAUACACUAGUACUACAGACAGACAAACACAGCUUGCGGUGUUGGCGGGUGGGAAGCCGGUGAGGGAUCACAUCCUUGCCGCUGCACCAACUGCCUGGUUGCAGUUCCUGUUCAGUGGGUGGAUCUGAGGGGAGCUCUCUUUAUACUUUAUGAUCUCCUGGUGAAACUCCUCUCAGGCAGGUGGAAAGAACACCAGGUGUGUCAGUCACCUGGCGGGUUACACUUUCCACAUGCCAACAUGGAAGGAGAUCAACGGUGGGAAUUAGUAAGUAAAUGAAAUGCAAGGAAGCGAAAAGUUUUUGAGUGAUCUCAGUCAGUUUCAGUCCAGUGAACAGAACUGUCACAACUGGCUUUACAACGUGCAAAGUGUCUCUCUGUUUAGCUGUGGUGCUACGCCAGGUUGUCAUUUUCUCCGUUCUGAGAUAAGGCUGGUCGUCUGCUAUCAGUCAACGGUGUUUGCCGAGGUUUAAACGCCAGAGCUAAUGAUCUACCAGGGACUCGGGGAUGAUUCUGGUGUCUGUUCUCAUCACUGCAUACAUGAGGUUUGUCGAUUUAAAAACAUGAGCUGCUCCGAAAACACACAGCAGAUGUACAUUCAAACACACCCCACAUGCAUCACCUUGUGCAAAUGCUGCAGCCACCAGAUCUGUGGCGUUUGGGACUCCUUCUGGAAACACUUUCUUCUGCCGCCAACUUCAUCGUUGUCAUCACCAUCUUUUAGUCAUUUUUAGGUAUGAACUUCAAAGAGAGGUGGAAGUGUAUUUCCUUACAUCCUGCCUUUGUAAAUACUUGUUUAUAUAUAUUUGUGUGUGUGCGAGUGUGUGUGUCUGUGUCUGAAAAUGCAACGAAUGUAUUGAGAUUUAUACUUGACUUUUUUUUUUUUACACAUCAGAUGUCAAUAUGAGAAAUAGUCCAUGUCGAACCUUCCUUGAGAUGGCCUUUUAAAAAAAAGAGUAAACAAGCAACAACAACAGUAACAAUCAGAUGAUUCUCCAUGGAAAAUUUAAUAAGCGCAGGUACUUCCUGUCGAGCUGAGAGAGCGGAGCGAUUUGCCAAUGUUUGUAUCCAUGACAUUACCCGUUGCCACGGUAACCAAGCUCCUCUGACGACAGUUUGCGGUUUGCUUGCAGGUUCUAUUCAUUCAGCGCUGGGCUUCCCCCCCUCCCCGCAUUUGUUCAGCACUCGAGCAAAGAAGAGCUGUGUGGAUAGACCUGUUACGUAAUCAUUCCUCAUUGUUUUAAAGCACAGUGAGGAUGAUUGCAGAAUCAGCCCUGGAGUAAAGACAGGUUAACGUUCACUUGAUCACAGUCGCCGUCAGUUGCGUCUUGUCUGAAUGCCCGCGUAUUUUUGACUGACAAAGGUAGAAAAGAAUUGUUGCUCAGUGCAUGUUAUGAGAUUGGACAGUUGCCUAAUGUGAAACAGUCAACUUUACCAAGCAAUAAGUUGAGAAAUUGAAAAUGAUUUAAUUAUCUGCAAUCCCUAAGAUUUGACACUCAAAUUAAAACAAAAAAACUGUCACUUCAGUGCAGACAGACAAGGCUGGUUUGUAUAUCUAAAUGUUCCCACCAUAAUGAGAUCACUCGUUACACAGCACACGCCCUUUGAACCAGGCACUAUUUUAUUUACUCUUCCAGCAUCUGGACAAAUAUGAACAGCAAAGCAAUGCAAACACGACAAUUUUCAGGUUAGUCAGGAUGAUAACUGAAAUUUAAAUGUCUUCCAGUAGAGCGAGUGAUUAAUAACAUUUAGUCUACAAAUAUCCUGAACCUCAGAGGCUCACAUCUACCCAGCAGUGAAUUAUGAUUGCAAACCGCUCAGUUUGUCAGUCAGUUCAACAUGAAUCCAUCUGAUCUCACUUUACUUUUAGAUUUCCCUGCAGACCUUUUUUCAUUGAUUUAAGCACUUUGUGCAGUGAGUCAGCGUAUUUAAAUGACUUAUGUGUUAAAAAAAUCAAAAUUCAAAAAAUGUUUUAUUGCUUUUUAACAUCGUGAAAUAAAGUUAGCAUUUGGUUCUCCACAAGGGGGAGCUGUCUGGUCUCCGUCAGACCAGUUUUUACACCUGCCAACAUGCACCGCCUACAGGUUGCCCAACGUUUUUUUUUUCAGGUGUUUUGUAUCGGUACUGCUGUGCACCUUUGUCCCCUUUAAAAACACAAACUUAAUGAGCAGAUAGUUAAACUCCUAAAGCUUUUCUUUAACUGCAACAGGUUGGUGAUGCCAGAACAUCUGGAUAGCAUCUGGAAGUCAGUUUGGUUGACUCUAUUGCAGCCUGGUCCUGUUUGUAUUGUGCUUAGGCUGUAGACUCCACCCAUAUGGUUCUUCGUGGAGGAUAAAACAAGCGUGACCCUGGUCUGUCCAGCGUGUGUUCAUUUCAGGGGAAACACAUCCUGUUAUUUCAACACUGCAAUUGUUUUUAUUUGUUAAAAGUUUCUUCCUGAGGAAACAAGUUCUCCUGUCUCUCUCAAGGAGGGAGUGCUGACCACCCACUGUGUACAUAACUGUAGUUUUACCUUUAACAGAAGACUCUGUAAAUAUUUGUUUGGUUUUAUUUCCUGUUAUAAUAUUAAUAUUUUUUUUCUUUUUUUUAACUAAUGGGAUUUUAGAUCGGUUGUAUAUGAAUUCUUGUUUAAUUUUCUUUUGAUACGUCAUGUGUGUAAGAGAAUUUAUCAGUUUAUGUACAAAUUGAUAUGAACAACAACAGUAUAUCUUCUGUUUUCUGUUUGUGCAAAACACUGGAAUGAAAUAAAAAAGGAUUCAUAAAAUAA